CCUUCCUUCUGCCAGAUGCCUGAGGUUAGGGAGGGUGAGGACAUAUUAGCCAGUGGAGCAAACACCCGGGGAGGAGGAGCAGAAGGGCAAGAAGUCACAGACAGAAAGAGACGACAGGCAGGAUCCACCUCUCACCUCUUCCCAAGCUGCCUGCCAGCGCAUCUCCUUGGCUGCCAGUGCAGUGGGAGCCAUCAUCUGCUGCUGGACCGGGUGUCUCAGAUUCUUCAAGAUCAUGGUCAUAAUGUCACCAUGCUUCACCAGAGAGGGAAUUCAUUCAUAUCAGAUUUUAAAGAGAAGGAGAUAUCAUACCAAGUUAUCCCUUGGCUUCCACCUGAAGACUGUAACAAAGGAUUGAAGAAUAAUUUUGAUUUUUUUAUUGAAGAAGCUUUGGGUGGCAGAUACACAUUUGGAAAACUCUUAAAAUUUAUGGAACAAGUAGGGCUUCAGUGCAGCCAUUUUCUAAGGAGAAGUGAUAUCAUGGAUUCCUUAAAGAGUGAGAACUUUGACCUAGUGAUAGUUGAAAAUUUUGACUACUGUCCUUUCCUGGUUGCUGAAAAGCUUGGAAAACCAUUUGUGUCCAUUCUCUCUUCCUCGUUUGGUGCUAUGGAUUUUGGACUACCAAACCCUCUGUCUUAUGUGCCAGUAUUGCAUUCUUUGCUAACGGACCACAUGGACUUCUGGGGCCGAGUGAAGAAUUUUCUGAUGUUCUUUGAUUUCACCAUGAAGCAAAGGCAAAUCCAGUCUGCAUAUGACAAUACCAUCAAGGAGCAUUUCCCGGAAGACUCUAGGCCGGUUUUGUCUCAUCUUCUGAAGAAAGCAGAGCUGUGGUUUGUUAACUCUGACUUUGCCCUUGAAUUUGCUAGGCCCCUGCUUCCCAACACUGUGUAUGUUGGAGGCUUAAUGGCCAGACCUGUAACACCAGUACCACAAGAAUUUGAGAAUUUCAUUGCUAAGUUUGGAGACUCUGGUUUUGUCCUUGUGGCCCUGGGCUCCAUGGUGAGCACCUUUCAAUCCCAGGAACUUCUCAGGGAGAUGAACAGUGCCUUUGCUCAUCUCUCUCAAGGAGUCAUAUGGAAGUAUAAGCCAUCUCACUGGCCCAAAGACGUCAAAUUGGCAGCAAAUGUGAAAAUCGUGGACUGGCUUCCUCAGAAUGACCUCCUGGCUCACCCACGCAUCCGUCUUUUUGUCACCCAUGGUGGAAUGAAUAGCAUCAUGGAGGCCAUCCAACAUGGCGUGCCCAUGGUGGGGAUUCCCCUCUUUGGAGACCAGCCAGAAAACCUGGUCCGAGUAGAAGCCAAAAAGUUUGGUGUCUCUAUCCCAUUAAAGCAGAUAAAGGAAGAGACCUUGGCUGUGAAGAUGAAACAAGUCAUAGAAGACAAGAGGUACAAGUCAGCAGCAGUGGCCGCCAGCAUCAUCAGGCGCUCCCACCCCCUGACCCCUGCCCAGAGGCUGGUGCGCUGGAUCGACCACAUCCUCCAGACAGGGAGUGCGGCCCACCUCAAGCCCCAUGCCCUGCAGCAGCCAUGGCAUGAGCAGUACCUGCUGGAUGUCUUCUUGUUCCUGCUGGUGGUCACCCUGGGCACCCUGUGGCUCUGUGGGAAGCUGCUGGGCAUGGUGGCCAGGUGGCUGUGUGGGGCCAGGAAGCUGAAGAGGGCCUGAUGGGGGUGCAGCCUUGAUGGGUGUUUGGGGAGCCACUGGUUCUAGAAGGCUUUCCCCAGCACAGGGCAGCCCUGGUGUCUUCCCCAUAUUGGCACCUGAGGGUGGCACACAAAUUGCUCUUCACUGUUUGCUGCCUCUGUUUAAAAGUUCUUGUGAAACACUCUUGGGCAUCUUUUAAAAAAAAAUUGUGGUAAUAUGUACAGCACAUAAAAUUGACCGUUUUAGCCAUUAAGUAUAGAGUUUAGUGGCAUUAGGCAUUCUUGUUGUGGUGUAAACAUUACUAUCAUCCAGUUCCAGAACGUUUCAUCUUCCUUAACUCAGACUGCACUGAUGAAAUAAUAACUGCCAUACCACCCACAUCCCAACCCCUGAAGCUCUUGGCAACCUCUGUUCUACUUUCUGUGUCUGUGAAUUUGAUCUUGGCUUCUUGACUUGCCUCUCAUCAAUCAAGUCCUCACUCAGACCCACACCUUCAGCAGACAGCCCCGCCUUCCACUGCACUCCACACUCCCUGUUUCCAGGCACAGCACCCUGCUUACUUCCUCCUGUUGUUCCCUGGAAAGGAGGUAUGUGCAAAACUACCUUCAAAGAGCGAAGAAGCCAUGAAACUGAAGAAAAAGACCAACAAGUCCAGCUUGAUGACAAAUGGUUUAUUAAGGGGACAUAUGGACAGAAGCUUGUCCAUCUCGUGGGACACCACAAGAUGAGUCAAUGUCCACAACCCCACCCCCUAACAGACCUGCUUUUAUGGCCCUAAAGGCUGGUGAGCACUUUCUGGGGGGCUACCCAGGAGGAAUCAUAUCCAGAGCAGAUCCAGGAAGCUUUGCCUGGAGGGUUUACUCACAGGUGUAGUUAAACAAAAGAGAAGAAUGGGGGGACAGGCUGUAUUUAAGAGGCUUUAGGUCACAAAGCAGUCAUCAUAGUGGAAUUUCUCAAGAUGGCUUUUGUCUGGUUCAUAUACUCACUCUCUCAGAAACUUCUCAGUCCCUUUCCUUCUUUCUGUUCUUUCAUUUUUCAUGAUGGCAUAAGAUCUUGGCCAGUUCUUCCAUUUUGGGUUUUCCUCUUGCAUCUUCUUCUCACCUCACCUCCAAGCUCAGGAAGCCUGGCCUCUGUUCUGCAGUUAGGCAGGGGUGACUCUCCCAGGACUCCACCUGUGGUCUCUGUCCCAAGUCAGUCCUGGGAGAGCACCUCCUUUGCUGGUCAGACCUGGAGGCUGUCUUUGGCCACAGCUGAUGCUAUGGUUUUCACUUCCCACAAUUUCCUUCUCAAGUUUCCCACUCUUAAAAAUGUAGUCACAGAGGAGUGCCUGGGUGGGUCAUUUGGUUAAGCGUCCAACUUCAGCUCAGGUUAUGAUCAUGUGGUUCAUAAAUUCGAACCCCUCGAUGGGCUCUGUGCUGACAGCUCAGAGCCUGGAACCUGCUUCAGAUUCUGUGUCUCCCUCUCUCCCUGCCCCUUCCCCACUCACAGUCUGUCUCUAUCUCUGUCUCAAAAAUAAAUAAGCAUUAAAAAAAUGUAAAAAAUGUAAUCAACAAUACCUCUAGUACAGAACCCGGACCUCUCUGUGAAGUUCUGAGGCAUCCGGUCCAGUGACUAUGGCAGUUCUGAGGACUUUGUUGAUUUAAAAAAAAAACAUAAUCUUUGAAAAGGUAAGAAAUAUAAAAGAUGAUAAAAUGAAUGAGUAAAAUUUGAUGAGGAACAGAAUAUGUAUACAGUUUCAAAAUGUCUCCUUGCAUCUAAUUUCCUAAUUAUAGGGUAAAAAAUACCAAUGUUACAAUCAAGAUCUUGGUGAACACCACUUUAAAUAAGCGUUAGAGUUAUCUCUAAUGAUAGGACCAUCUGACAUCAUGUGUUUCUCAGUGUGAUUCACUGAGAUGGAAUCAACACCACCUUAGUAGUAGUCCCACCAUGUCCCCUAGUAACUUGAAGUAUAAUGAGAAAACAUCAGACAAACCCAACUUGGAAUCCAUCAUACAAAUAAGCAGCUUGUACUUUUUAAAUCAUCAAUGACAAGAAAGACAAAGAAUAGCUGAGAAGCAAAUUCUUACUAAAGGAGAUGAUAUAGACAUGAUAACUAAAUGCAAUGUGUGAUCCUGGCUUGGUUCCUGCACCAGCAAAUUCAUUUCACAACAUGGGAUAUUAUUGGGACAAUCGGAUGUAAUGAAGUAAGGUAAAUAAAGUAGUGUGAUUGCCUGUUUUAAAAAAUUGUGUCUUCCUAAGCAGAUUAAUUUUUCCACUGGGAAGAUAUAAUAUCUGAGCAGAGGGUAACUGAAAGUGUAUGACUGUAAUCACAUAGCUUCAUACUAUAGCACAAAUACAGAAAGAUUAUGAAGGGAAAGAAAUGGAAUAAGGUUGACAGAGUUUACAAAUCUUUCUAAUAAAUAAUUUCAAACAUU